AUGUUUGUCAUCCCACGCGAGCUCAAGGGAGGACCACCCAACUGUGAAUGCGCCAACUGCUCCAAGGGACCACCACGCCCAGUCAUUCGUGUCAUGCUCAACGAAUGGGCCGAUUUCCGUAUGGGCGACCCGUGGCCAAACAAGAAACUUGUCAAGGCACUCGGCAAGUCGUUGGACUCGUUACCCGGCAACGAACACAAGGAGGAUGUCGGAUCACUUCAGGUUCUCUACGAGCUCUCGGAUGCUGUGCGUGGAUUCGACUACGGCUGGAUUCCAUUCCCAGAAGCGGCAUCACCCGAUACGAAGGAUUGGUCACCCGCAUUUGUCAGUCAUGAGAAAGGAAAGAUCUCGCCUGGAGUGAUUACUGUGAAUGGAAAGCAAAUCCUUGGAGAGGUCGACAUCAAGAACGAGAGGUGUUCGUACGGAGCUGGUGGCAAAGAAAACGAGAUCCAGGGACCCGCCGUCUACUCAACGCUCGUCCUCUGCAAGCGAAUCAAUACAAGCAAGAAAGUCAAUACAACAACUACAAUCAACACGGUCAGACGGUCAGAACAACCUCCCAGACGAGUCAAUGCAAUUACCAGAAGUUCGAUUCGAUUGCGUUUGUCAAAC